GAGUAGAGGACGUGAAAGAAGAAGGGCCAGGGGAACAUCUGACUAAUUAAUGUUUUUAGAAGGAGUUUUCUGUUUCUUUGUUUUGCUAUAACUGAAUCAGAGACAUGUCUGGGACCAAACCACCGCGACAGGAGCCGGACUCCGAUCCAGAGGACUUGUCCGAGGAGCUGACAGCGGCUGUGUGUCUGGAGUCAGACCUGCAGGACGGACAGAUGAUGGAGGUUGAGGUGGGACAUCACAGUGUUUUGUUGACACGCAGCGAGGGCCAAUUCAAUGCCAUUGGUAACCAGUGUACACACUAUGGUGCUCCACUCAGUAAAGGUUAUAUUUCAGGCCACACAGUUCGUUGCCCAUGGCAUGGCGCCUGUUUCAACGUUCAUACAGGAGAUCUAGAGGAGUUCCCUGGUAUGGACUGUUUACCCUGCCACAAGGUGAAGAUUCAGAACAGCAAAGUGUAUGUCACUGUUAACAAAAGGACUCUCAAGCAGGAGAAACGAAUAAAGAUUAUGGGAAGUGCAGUACCAGGAGUAACCCACACCAUUCUGCUACUGGGAGGAGGAGCAGCUUCUCUGAUCUGUGCAGAGACUCUGCGUCAAGAAUACUUUGGUGGCAGAAUCAUCAUGGCCACCCGGGACGAUCUUUUACCCUAUGACAAAACUCGACUCAGCAAGGUGAUGAACGUGGAGAGUGACAGCAUUCUUCUGAGGAGGACGGAGUUCUUUCACAAGUUUGACAUCGAAGUGUGGCUCAGGAAAGAAGCGCUGUCAGUGGACACAGAGAGGAAGACAGUCACAUUUGAUGAUGGUUCAGUCCAGAGCUACGACCAGCUCCUCAUCUCAACAGGCUGCAGAGCUAAGGGUCUGGACUUGCCCGGGAUGAAGCUAAACAACGUCAAGAUGUUGGAGACACCAGAGGACGCCCGGCAAAUCCACUCAGCCUGUUUGGGCUGCAAUGUCGUCCUCGUGGGAACCUCUUUUGUCGGCAUGGAAAUUGCGUCUUAUUUGAUAGACAAAGCCGCAAGUAUCACAGUGAUUGGCAGCAGCGAGAUGCCAUACCAAAACACACUGGGCCGGGAAAUUGGGAAAGUCACCAUGAAGAUGCUGUCAGAGAAAAAUGUCAAAUUCUACAUGAAUGAUAAUGUGACAGAGGUCAUCGGUGCUGAAGGCAAGGUGAAAGAAGUCGUGCUUAAAAGUGGAAAAGUUAUCCCAGCUGAUGUUUUGAUAGUUGGCAUUGGUAUCAAACCUAACUCAGAGUUCCUGAGGGGGGGCAAAAUACAGAUGGACUCCAAACACUUUGUAACAGUAGACAAGUAUAUGCGCACUAAUGUCCCUGAUGUGUUCUGUGCGGGCGACCUGGCCACCUUUCCCCUGAAAAUGGCUAAAAACCGGCUGGUAAACAUUGGACACUGGCAGAUGGCACAGGCGCACGGGAGAAUAGCAGCUCUGAACAUGUUGGGUAAACAGACUGAACUCAGCUCAGUUCCUUUCUACUGGACCGUCCUACUUGGCAAAACCAUCCGAUAUGCAGGCUAUGGGGAGGGAUACACUGAGAUUGUAAUGAAAGGAAAGUUUGAGGACAGGAAGUUCCUGGCAUUGUACAUCAAAGAUGAUGAGGUCAUAGCAGCAGCCAGCCUUAACUAUGACCCUGCUGUGUCUGCAGUAGCUACGAGGCUAGUAGCAGGAAAAAUCAUCACAAAGAAAGAAGCUGACCUCUCAACAAGUCAUCUGUAUGAUGUCAACAUGCAGCCAAGAUGUCAUUCAUUCGUCUCUUCAACACCUGCACUCCCACCAAGGAUAACAAGUCAAAGGAGACGGAUUACAAAUCAGAAGAGACAGACUGCAUUUACAGCUCUGUGUCAAAAACACAGUUUAUACUUACAGUGUUGACAUUGGAUUUAAACUGUACGUCAUGGAGUCAGUUUUCAUGUGAGGGGGCUCUACCAUGCAAACAACAGAUACCUCAUUGGAGGCAGCUCUUUGGACUUCUUUUAAUUUAUUUAUUUGUUUUUAUUUUAUUUGAUUUUAUUUAAUUUUUACGGCUUUGUGGCUGCAGGGGCAUUUCAGCAACGGUCCAGAGACAUUGUACUAAAGAUGCCUCAGUAUGUUCUGUGAUCAUUUUAAAAAGUGUGCUGCCUUAGACGAGGCUGCUGGUGAAAACACAAGUGACCUUAAUGCCCACUGCAGUCAUGUACGUGGUCCGGUCGGUGAGUCGGAGGAUUAGGAGAACAGAGGGGGAGUGGUCAGCUCUUUGAAUCAGAGAUGCUGAAAUAGGCAGUGAUAACAAAACGUACCACCGGGGACAAUAAGCGUUUGACAAACAUCACACAAAGGCAGACGGACAAAAGAAAUGCUGUGUUUUUCUCACGUCUGCUCUUUGUGUACGGCCAACACUGUCUCAGUCUUUAAUUCACUCAUUUGUCUCUUUCCACCUCUACAUACACUCUUCCAUUCACCCUCAGUCCUCUUCCUCAUUUGUUGUACCCAAGUUCAACUGGUGCAGACUUUAAUCAUGUUUUAGCUUUGGUUUUGUGCUGGUUUAUAUUGUGUUUGGAUGUUAAAUGUAAUCUUUUUGUUUGGCCAAACAUGACACAAAUUCUUCUACUGUUUGUCAUCGAAGUGAUCUUGCAUCAUCUCAGAUGAUACGAGGAUAAAUUCAUCUUUUAAUGCAAACUAUGCAUGAGUAUGUUUCACAAACACAUUUCCUAAAUGUGGAUCAAGAGAUACCUCGCAAUACAAGUGAAAAUCAAUGCAAAUACAGGCAGUUAAAAUAGAUCUGGUAUACACUUCCUACAUUUUUUAAGCCAGUUUGAUGUCAGUAGUUAAAGAAGAGAGGCGUUCAGAGGUCUAUAAUGUGUCUUGUUGUAGAGCGGGAGCUUAAACACAAGGUGACAGACAAAACAGAGAUAAAUAUUGCAAGGUAAUUUUGCAUUUUGACUUCAGUCUCAUAUCUUUAAAAAAAAUAUUAAAAUUGCAAAAAACCAUGAUAAAUCAUAUCGUUAACCCAAUAUUGUGAUCUGUAUCUUGAGUGUUUUGUUACAUUCCUAUCCAUUAAUAAUUAAAUGAGUAAUAAGAAAAAUAACCAGACACUGGAUUUUUGGCUUAACAUCAAAUUAAACAGGAAAUCAAGCCUAUUUAUAAAAUAAUUGUGAACCUUUUCACAUCAUCUUGAUCAAAAGCAACACUGACUGACCCCAUAGUCUGACUGACAUUGUAAAACCAAACAAGUUGAAAUUACUCAAAAUGUUUGAAACGGAUUAUGUCUGCGUUUUUAAGUUGUAGAAAUCAAUCUUUUGAGUAGACUCAAGUUAAAACAUACAAUUUACACAGAAAUCCCCAAUUAGUUAAUAUAACUCAAAAUAUGAGAGGAAACUGUUUACAUAAUACUCACUGAUAAAAACACAUCAGUUCAGUAGCAGGUACUUAUAUCACCUCAAUUUUACAUGUACAUUUAUAUUAAGUUGACUUAACAUUUUAGUUAAAAUACACUGUGGAAACUUUCAAACACUUAAAAAUUCUGUUUAAAUACAAUUCGAAACAAGUUUAAGUUAAUCUUCCUCAACCACUUCAAUUUUCUACUCUUUCUUUCUUCUAAACUUAAGUGAAAUCAGGUGACAGAGACUGAAAGGUGCACACCAACAAGAAGUCCUCUUCCAUCAUGUUCAAUACACCAUUCAUUGUAUAAUGUGGUUGGUCUUUACAGGCGGGACUUGUCUAACUGAGUGAGUAACUUCACUCAUAAGAAUAAGUGUCUAAUGUCCAAAUGCAUUCUUUGGAUUAAGGGAUGAUUGUUUAACAAUUUAAUUUAAGUGACCAAAAUACUUAGAAUGAUUCAUUUACUUAAAACUAAAAAUUUGUUCUAUCAACCCAGAUAAAAAUAGCUGAAAUAGCUAUUUUUUGUUUUGAAAUGAACACAACUUAGUUUCUUUAACAAUCUUCUACUGUUUGGUCUUACAGUGUUCUCAAGGAUUUACAGCAUUACAUUGUCACAUUACAGCUUAAAAAUUGCUUGAAGAAUAGCUUGAAGUCUUGCUUUGACACCAAUAUAAUUACUGCACAAGGAGGAUAAGAAUCAUGAAAAAAGAUGACUAACAGUGUCUAGCUCAGUGUUAAUUUUGUCAACUAAAACUAUGACUAAAAAUAUUUAUCACCAGCCUUUUUUUCCAUGAC